CCCUAGCGCCUCUCUUCCUUCCUCUCCCCCGGCACAGUGACAUCCCCACCAGUCAUCUAUAACACCUGGGCAGAGCUGGCUUCCUCCCUCCACUCACACCCGCGCCCAAGACCAAGGCAUCGACUUUCUCCGUGAUACAGACAGCAUGACGGUGGCUACGCUACAUGUAAGUAUCGUCAUCACCUACUACGGGGUGUUGCCGGUGCUGGUGGUGCUUGGCGUGACGGGCAGCGUGGCCAGUAUCUGGGUGCUGCUCCAGCCGUCUCUCAAGAAGGUCGCCGUCAACAGGUACUUCCUGGUGCUAGCGGCGUACGACAUGGCGCUCAGCGUCUUCUACAUCCCCAUUGUCGUCACCGCCACGGGCUGUAACUUUCUUGACUACGGCUCUGCCCUCUACUUCGCCCACUUCGGCUGGACCACAGCCUGCACCUUCCACGCCCUCGGUACAUACGUCAUCGUGUUCCUCUCCCUGGACCGCUUCGUGGGAGUGUGGUUCCCCACGCUGUUCAAGAGACUGCAGCAGCCCCCAUUCGGCUUCUUGCACCGGAUGGUGGCCAUGGUGGUGGUGUGUGUGGGCGUGCACCUGCCCUUCAUGGUGGACGCCACGGUGGAGUGCGAGGGGUUUGAUGAGGAGGAAAUACAGCUGAGUGACAACAGCAGCUGUCCCAACGGCUCCUGGGUCAGCUCCGACGGCUUCGAGAACAGCUUCGAGGAGAGGUGGCACGAGGUGUACCGCUACUUCUACAACCUGAUGGUGCGGUGGCUGCCCUACGGGCUGCUGGCCGUGUUCAACUUCAGCUUGGUGAUGGCGGUGAGCCUCGGCAAGGUGAGGUUCCCUGGGGCAGCGGCCACGGAGGUGACCAAGGUGGACCCCGCCACGGGAGCACUGCGCUCCGGGAAUAGAAGGCAGGCGAGGAACAGCGAGAGGGUGCUGGUGGCCACUGUGAUCGCCAUGACAGCCUCUUACGUGGUGCUGACGCUGCCCAUCACCAUCUUCCUGACGGCGUUCGCCGGCACAGACACAGACCGCUGCAGCUCCCCCAGCCCCGAGGAGACGCUCCGCCACGUGGGCAACAUCUUCCAGUUGCUGGAGCACGUGCUGCACGCCGUCUUCCUGGUGCUCAUCAAUCCUCGCUUCCGGCGCGAGACGCUGCGCCUGCUGGGGUGUCGCGACUCGCCUGGCGGGGAGGGCGACACCACCACCCCAGACGACGACCUUGCCAGCGCCACCCGCCCCGUCAGUAGCGCCUCCCGCUCCUACUCGCUCGUCGUCAAGGUGAGAAACUCCACCGUGCCCCCCUCCUGCCACAAGUUGUGACUGCCGCGGCUAGGGAGUGGCGGGUGGUGGGGUGGUGGUGGUGGUGGUGGUGGUAGUGGAUGGACAAGACUGCCACUAGUCUUGCACAGCACACCUGGCCACGCAUCCACUAGUCACUUGCCUUAGCACCUCUCGAGCUGUGCCCACGGACAUUUCCCCCCCAGCAGUACGGACAUCCUAGAGGGUGAUUCAGCCGCCAGCUUCAGGGUGAGGCGCAACCUGCAGUGCUGCCUGCCCAGCACCGCGCCGCACUUCUUUGUUCAUUGAGCAUCUUGCCAUCUUUGGUGCUUUUCCUGUUCCCUCAACAUCCCACAUAUUUUUUUCUCUGGAAAGAGGAAGAAGCCAAAACAUUCACGUGCGGGGGAUGACGCAACUUCCGGGAUGUCGUACCAAUGGCUGCACAGUGUCUGCUGCUGUUCUAGUGUCCCGUGUUUUGAUGUGCAGAGCACCGGGUGUCCACACCGUACAGGUGGUCGCACUUAAGUCAGACUUCUGUUGUUGGUGAGUCAGUGGGAGUUACAGUCUGUUACAAGGUGUGACAGCCUGCAUAAAAGUAACAAUAAGCAAGAAUAAAUUUUAUUAUAUUUG